AUGCAACUAACGUGUCGUUUUUACAAAAAUAAUUUUCCUGAAACAGAAGAUCUUGUUAUGGUUAACGUCACCGAGAUCGAAGAAAUGGGUGUCUAUGUUAAUCUACUCGAAUAUAAUAAUAGACAAGGUAUGAUUCUAUUAACUGAAUUGUCACGUCGUCGUAUUCGCUCAAUAAAUAAAUUAAUUCGUGUUGGUCGAAAUGAGGUUGUCGUUGUUGUUCGUGUUGAUCGUGAUAAAGGUUAUAUCGAUUUAUCAAAACGUCGAGUAUCGCCAGAAGAUAUAAGUAAAUGUGAAGAAAAAUUUGUUCGUGGAAAAACAGUGAAUAGUAUUCUUCGUCAUACAGCUGAAGUAUUGGGAAUAAAAACCAAUGAAGAAUUUGAAGAAUUAUAUGAAAAAACAGCCUGGUUUUAUGAUGAAAAAUGUAAACGACCAGGUGCUGCUUAUGAUAUAUUUGUAAGAGCUGUUAGCGAUGAACAUGAGCUUAAUGAUUGUCAAGUCGAUGAAAACACAAAGAAAAUUUUAAUUAAUAACAUUCGUCGUCGUCUUACUCCUCAAGCAGUUAAAUGUCGAGCUGAUGUUGAAGUUGCAUGCUAUGGUUAUGAAGGUGUUGAUGCAGUGAAAGCAGCAUUAAGAGAAGGUCUUAGUGCAUCCACCGAAGAAAUGCCAGUUAAAAUUAACCUUAUUGCUCCACCACUUUAUGUUGUCACAGCAACAUGUCUUGAUCGAAACGAAGGUCUGAGUGCAUUAAAAAAAGUUAUCGAUAAGAUUAAACUAGGUAUUGAACAAUAUCGUGGAAUAUUUAAAAUAAAAAUGGAACCAAAAGUCGUAACUGAUGUGGAUGAUGCUGCACUUCAAGAAGCUAUGUUUGAUGCUGAACAGGAAAAUGCCGAAAGACCUGGUGAUGACAAUGAAGAUUCAGAUGAAGAUGAAGAUGGUGGUAUUAAGGGUAAAUUAGCUGGUGAAGAUGAUGACGAAUCCGCUGGAGCAACAAAAGAAUCGAAAACAGCACCACAAAAAACUACAUCGCUUGCUGAUGAAGACGAUGAAGAAGAAGAUCAGGAUUAA